CCCUGGUGGUCACACCAUCCUCUUUCCCUCACAUUAUUUACUCGGCUAGCUUUAUUUACAUCUGGCUGGGGGCGGGAGGCAGAUUUCCCUUCUGCUUCGAACAGGCUGGCGAUUACUGCAGGUCAGUUUCUGUCCCUGAGUAAGGACACAGAAGGAGCUGGUGCAGUGAGAUCGCUGCAGGAAAAUGAGCCGACGCUCGCAGGCCCACAGGGACCUGCACGGUGAGGCCCUUUGCGCGUUUCUUUCGCCCCGGCUGAAGGGGAGAGGAUUUGUGUGUCCUCUGCACGCCCCGUCUCGUGACACCGGCUCUCUCGGUGUCCCCCCGCCCCGCUCCAUCCACCUGAGCCGGGAAUCUCUGGCGCCGAGGCGCCCCCUGGUGCUCCCCGCCUUGCACUGGGCGGCGCAGAGAGCGCUGCAGUCGUGCCAAGCGCACGGGGGCUGAGCGCACCUCUCCGUGCAUCUUCCCCUUCCCGGGUGGCGGAGGGAGCUCCCCGCCUUUGGGGACAGGCCCGGACGGAGGCUCUGCAUGUCCGAAGCCCUGGCUGCUGCAACCCGGAGCCGUGCACCAGAGACUACCCCUUUGCCUCCCCGUUUCCUAUCCCCACCCUCCCGUGCCGCUCCCGGGGCUGUGAUUGGCGUGAGCAGCUGGGGCUUACCCAGGACGGGGCCGCGGGGACGGAGGAAGAAGCCAGCCUGGCCUGGGAGCAGAGCCGGGGAAGGGCGAGUAGGAGGGUGGGGAGGAUCCGCGUGUGCCUGGCUGCUCGCGGGAGCCGGCAUGGAGCAUCGCUGAGCGCCUCGGGGGAGCCAUGCUGUCCAGGAAAGGGAUCAUCCCCGAGGAGUAUGUGCUGACCCGCCUCGCCGAGGAUGUCCCGGAGCACGCCCGCUACCGCGCCCGGGAGCGGCGGGCCAGGUUCGUGGGGAAGAACGGCACCUGCAACGUGGCCCACAAGAACAUCCGGGAGCAGGGCCGCUUCCUGCAGGACGUCUUCACCACCCUGGUGGACCUCAAGUGGCCGCACACGCUGAUCAUCUUCACCAUGACCUUCCUGUGCAGCUGGCUGCUCUUCGGCAUGACCUGGUGGCUGAUCGCCUUCGCCCACGGGGACCUGGACCACAGCACCCAGCUGCAGGCAGGGGGUAGCCAGACGGCUGGGGAGGAGGCCAGCGGGUUCGUGCCCUGCGUGACCAGCAUCCACUCCUUCACCUCCGCCUUCCUCUUCUCCAUCGAGGUGCAGGUGACCAUCGGCUUUGGGGGCCGCAUGGUGACUGAGGAGUGCCCGACUGCCAUCCUGGUGCUGAUCGUGCAGAACAUCGUGGGGCUGGUGAUCAACGCCAUCAUGCUGGGCUGCAUCUUCAUGAAGACGGCUCAGGCGCACCGCCGGGCCGAGACCCUCAUCUUCAGCAAGCACGCAGUGAUCGCCCUGCGGGAGGGCAGGCUCUGCUUCAUGCUACGGGUGGGCGACCUGCGCAAGAGCAUGAUCAUCAGCGCCACCAUCCGCAUGCAGGUGGUGAAGAAGACCACCAGCCUGGAGGGCGAGGUGGUGCCCCUCAACCAGAUAGACAUCCAGAUGGAGAACCCAGUGGGGGGCAGCAACAUCUUCCUGGUCUCCCCGCUCCUCAUCUACCAUGUGAUAGACAAGAACAGCCCCCUCUACGACAUCUCCCCCCUACACCUCAACCACCACGAGGACCUAGAAGUCAUUGUCAUCUUGGAAGGGGUGGUGGAGACCACUGGUAUCACCACCCAAGCCAGGACCUCCUACCUGGCCGACGAAAUCCUCUGGGGCCAAAGGUUUGUGCCCAUCGUGGCCGAGGAAGAUGGUAGGUACUCAGUGGACUACUCUAAGUUUGGUAAAACGGUGAAAGUGCCCACCCCUUCUUGCACUGCCAGGCAGCUGGAGGAAGACAGGAGCAUCAUAGACUCCAUCCCAUUGUCACCUAAAAGCACCAGUAGGAAGAGGUCUUUCAGGUUGAAGCCCAAAUUUACCAUAAGUGAUGAGCCUUCCUGACACCGUUUUAGAGGAAAGAUGCAAUAAACAAGAACACUGAGAUAGCCUCUUAUUUUUCUUAGCCAGGUUGGUAGCACAAGGUGUGUGUAGUAUUAUUUAUUGCAGGAUAAAUUAAAGUUAAUUUUAUUUUUUUAAAGGCGUGCAACAUUUUUAAGCAACAUUGGGUGUGGAAACAUUUUGUUUUGUUGCUUGUAAUUUCAAUUCAGACUGUCUUGUUUAUUUGCAUGAUCAUUUUGGAUGAUUCAUCCACACUGAAUAAUGCCUUUUCUUGAAAAAUAAGUUUAUCUGUAGCCUAGCAGGUUGCAUUAUUUAUGGUCUUGCAAUGCCUCUCAGAAAGUUAAUGUUUUUAAACUGGUUUUAUAAACCAUCACAAUACAGGAAAAAAGUCUUCAAUUAUAAUUAUUAAAGUUACCUGGAGUUUAAAUAAUAACAGAAAGACCAUGCAGUAAGAUUUGCACCCCAAAAAAGUCCAGAUAUGAAGGUGUCUGUUUAGGUUAUGGUGCUUUAUGUCUUAAAGAAAUAAACUUAUAGAUUAAUUUA